AUGGGCGAAUCAGACAAUUCGCCAAAAUUCGACCCAUUCUUCCGCGCGCUCAAAUUUUUCCGGGAAAACGACCUGGAGGAGUGUGAGAAGGAAUGUACCGCGAUAUUGCUGAAAAACCCGCUGGAUCAGGCAGCCUGGUCAUUGAAGUUACAAUGCCUAACGGAAGGUGUUUACAUUGAUGAGCUCGAGAACAAUGAUGUCGGAAUUGCUGAGACUUUCCUGGAUCAGAAUGUGAUUGCGCCGAACGCCCGUCCAGGCACAUCAUUCAAUCGCCCAAACACCACUGCUCGAGGGAACAAUCCGCUGUUGAGACCACAAACCAAUAUGGGGCGUCCGCUUUCUGGGGUUGUCAGACCAAUGACAACGGCACGGCCGGGAACAAUGGAUCAAGCGGUCCGCACCAGCCGGACGGCGAAAACCGCGCGCGCCGUUACAAGCAGUUCGGCAAGAUUUGUUAGGCUUGGAACAGCCUCCAUGACAUCACAGGCUGAUGGCCCAUUCGUGAACCUGGCUCGGCUGAACAUUGAAAAAUACGCCAAAGACCCUCAGGUGAAUCGGCCGCUUUUCGAAUAUGUCUUCCACCACGAGGGCGAUAUCAAGGUCGCCCAUCAGGUA